AUGAGCUUUUCACCAAAUAAAAAUUUGCAAACAAUUUGGGAUAUUGAGAACCCAAAAGUUGCCAGUGAAAGAUUAACAAGGAAUCGCUCAAAUCUUGACCUGCAUAAUCGACAAAAAAGGCUGAAUGAUGGUAAUUAUCAUUAAGAAAGACUCACAAAAAUUGAGAACGAAAAUAUAAUACUGCUGAAUAAGCUCUCAGACAUUCAAAGAGGGAAAAGGUCAAGUAGUCUGCCAAAGCUAGCUCCCCCUUUUAAAUUGGAGCAAUUUGUGGUAAAAUUUCUAUUUUUGGGUACUUUGCUCCUUUUAAAUUAUAGCAAUUUUUUCAGUAGGAAUAUUUUAUAGGUAAAAAAACUAAUUUUUAUAAAAAUUAGUUAAUGAAUGCAAGUCAAAAUAGUAUUUAAACAUUUUUUUACGCUGAAUCGACUAAUUUUUUGAUAAAAUAAAUUAAAAUUCUUACUCCCCCCCCCCUCCGUGAGCGAACAAAAAAAUUUUGUUCGCUCACGGAGGGGGGUUAAUUUUUUUUUUUUUAAAAAAAAUUUAUAUAUAAAUUUUAUAAAAAAUAUUUUUUCGAAAUUUAAAAAAAAAUCCUAAUUUGCAAAAAUUGGGAAGCAAAUAUUAAUUUAAUUUGCAAAAUUUAUGUUUUAAAACGCAAUUUGUUUAAAAUUAAACAGAAUUAGCUCUAGAUUUCAUUAUACUAAUUAUCACUUAUAUAUCAAAAUUUUUUUCCAUUAAAAUUUUUUCUAUUAAAAAAAUUUUGUUCACUCACGGAGGGUGGGUUUUUGGUCAAAAAAUGGCGAUUUUUCUAAUGGUUUUGUUCGCUCACGGAGGGGGGGGGGGGAGUUAUAGAAAAAUUUAAUAUAAUAUUUUUUAAAAACAACAUUAAACCCCUUUGAAAUUGGAACAGGAUUUUUUGUUCCAAUUUAAAAGGAAAGUAAGGCCUGAGCCAAACAAGCCUUCAAAUUGAGGCCAACGCAAGAAUCGUCUGGUUCCAGAUUACUACUAAUGAUUUAGAUUUUAACUUAUUCUCUUCCUCCAGCAGGUUGAUUUAGGCAUACAUCAGCCCACUUAUUAAAUCCCAAAUUUAUGACUUUAGCAGCCAUCUUUUCUAUCAAGCAUUCCUGCAGACCCACAAAAGGGCCAGUAAUUCUUCACAGAUAGCGUUUUUGUCUCACCCGAACCUUAGUCCAGCGCGUGCUCCACCUAAGAGUGAUUCUCUUCGUGCUUCAGACAGCAAAAACUAUAUGUCUCUCUUCUUUCUUAGGCUAUCAAAUCAUCCUAUGCGCGGUAAUUCUUUUUUGCAUUGCAAUAGAGUCCAUGUAGAAAACUGAGCACAUGUAAUAUAGCGAGAAGAAAGGGUUGUCGGAGACAAUUAUUUCCGUAUGUAGCUAUUUUAUUAUAUCUCGUUAAGAUUACAAUUGAAAAUUAUGCAUUGCUUAAAAGGCUACAGCAGGCGAAAUCUAUUUUUGAUUACUCAAAACAGAAAACAGAAAGACACGAACAAGAAAAAUUAGCGAGGUCUAUAUGUGAAUAUCCUUAUAUUUUGGGUCCUGGCGAUCAUAUGAGAAAAAUCAGUGGCUUCAACACAUCUAAAUAUGAUGUAGAAAUCCCGAAAUAUAGAAGCCCAAAUGAUGGUUCAACUUUUUUACUCACUCCCCCCCCCCCCUCCGUGAGCGAACAAAAAAAUUUUGUUCACUCACGGAGGGGGGUUAAUUUUUUUUUUUAAAAAAAUUUUUAUAUAUAAAUUUUAUAAAAAAUAUUUUUUUCGAAAUUUAAAAAAAAUCCUAAUUUGCAAAAAUUGGGAAGCAAAUACUAAUUUAAUUUGCAAAAUUUAUGUUUUAAAAACGCAAUUUGUUUAAAAUUAAACAGAAUUAGCUCUAGAUUUCAUUAUACUAAUUAUCACUUAUAUAGCAAAAUUUUUUUCUAUUAAAAUUUUUUCUAUUAAAAAUAUUUUUGUUCACUCACGGAGGGUGGGUUUUUUGGUCAAAAAAAUGGCGAUUUUUCUAAUGGUUUUGUUCGCUCACGGAGGGGGGGGGGGGACUCAGGACAGAUUGUGCUUGACAAUAAGCCAUAUAUUAUCGACAUAAGGGCUGAUAAUAAGUAUUUUAUAUUUAGAAUAAUGCGCUUAGACGCAUAUAAACCUGGAGAUAUUUUCAAGCAUACGCUUGAAAUCUCUCUUAUCCCCGCUUUUAAAUUGGGAAAAAAAUAUCUGAAAGGGGGUUUAAAUUUUUAAACAAAAAUUAAUAUUAAUUUUUUAUAGAAAUAUACCGAUAUUUUGUUAAAUGGGGAGUUAAAUGAUGCAGUUUUCUUGAUGAAAGGGAAAAAUAAUUAUGAAUUCUUGAUUUCAAUGCUGAGUUUGGAAAAUGGAGAGCUUGUGCUCACAGAGCCUUAA